AUGGCGGAGGAGUUUGAGCGCUUCAAGCGCUUCGAAUACCGACAAAACAGUAACCUCGUUCUGCAAAGGGACACGUCCACGGGCGCCGCGCCCGCAGUCCACCUGGGCGAGCCGACCGGCGAGCCGGAGUCGCUCGCGGGUCGCAAGCUCUACCCUAUGGGCGACAAAGUCGAGCGCGGCCUCAAGAAGGAAGACAAACCUGCCGCGAAGCACGCCGACCCCAAGCGGGCCAAGCUCCGGAGAAACAAGUUGGACAUCAAGCGCGGCGCGACAGUCCUUGACGCCGAUGUGAGUGAGAUUUUCUUCUACAAGCCGACAACCCAGCAGACGCGUCUGGUGUACGAGCAGCUGCUGGUGACGCUUCAGCAGCAGCUCGGCGACCAGGCAGACGAGGUUCUCAAGGGCGCCGCGGACGAAGUGCUGGCGGCGUUGAAGGUGGACGGCUGCAAGGAUAGCGAGCGGAAGAAAAACGUGGAGCAAGUUCUCGGACCGCUGAGCGCAGACCGGUACACGCGCCUCCACCAGCUCUCAAAGAGCAUCACCGAUUACUCUCUGGGCGGCGAAGAAGAAGAUGGCGCAGCGGCAGCAGGCGGCUUGGACGGCUCGACUGGCGUGGCGGUGGUGUUCGAUGAAGAGGAAGAGGAGGAGGGCGACGCGGACGAGCUGAUGGAAGUCGAGGUCCAGGACGGAGAUGAAGAGGAGGAAGAUGAAGACGUAGAGGAAGUUGAGGACACGGAGCGGACGUAUUUGGCGGAGAAGAACCUUGACGACGACGACUUCGAGGCGCGGGAUGCUUACGACCUGGACAUCGCGAAGAUCGACCCGCACUGGCUGCAGCGCGAGUUGAACAACGUGUUCAAGGACCCCAACAAGGCUGUGGCGACGGAAAAAGAGAUUCUGUCGAUUCUCGCGACGCCUGACAUCCAGAAAUGCGAAAACCAGCUCGUGGUGAUUCUCAAGUACGAGAACUUCGAGCUGGCAAAGUUGAUUCUGAAAAACCGCUGGAAAAUCUUCUACGCGGUUCGCCUCGGGCAGGCGCAGAGCAAGGAGGAGAAGAACGCGAUCUUCGAGGAGAUGAAGACCUCGCCGGAGGGUCAGGAAGUUCUCGAGCUGCUUGAGUCGCUCUCUUCCCGGCGAAACAAAGAGAAGGAGAUCGCCAUUAACGUCCGCAAGGAAGCGGCCUCGCUGGCCGCGAAGGCGCAGGCGCGCGCCGCUUCACUCCGCGCCGCAGAGUUCGCGGACGAAGAGGCGGACGGGGGGGCGGGACUGCGUGCGUCGGGUCCGGGGCUGAAGGCCCGCGGCGCGGGCGACCUGGAUGACAAGGCGGGCGGGAAAGGCGACGGCCUCGAGAGUGAGUUGUCGCUCGGCGCGGCGGCUGGGCACGGGGUGAAGAGCGGCGCUAAGAAGCCGACCGCGGCGGUCGAUCUGUCUUCGAUUGCCUUUCACCAGGGCGGGCAUUUUAUGGCGAACACGCGCGUGAAGCUGCCUGACGGCGCGCAGCGCAUCGAGACGAAGAACUACGACGAGGUGAUCGUGCAGGCGUUCAAGAAGCCGGAGGAGACGCCCGACGCGCGGCGGCCGAUCUCCUCGCUGCCCGAGUGGGCGCAGCCUGCCUUCUCGUGCGUGAACAUCGAGACGCUAAACCCGAUGCAAAGCAAGGUAUACAAAGUCGCCUUCGAGGAGUUCAACGAGAACUUGCUGCUGUGUGCGCCGACCGGCGCGGGCAAGACGAACGUGGCGAUGCUGACGAUCCUGAACGUGCUGGGGCGCCACCGCAGCGCCAAGUCAGGGCACAUUGACCUGUCGAGCUUCAAAGUCAUCUACAUCUCGCCGAUGAAGGCGCUUGUCGCGGAGCAGGUUCAGGCCUUCUCGCAGCGCCUGCAGCCCUUCGGCAUCACCGUCCGGGAGCUGACAGGAGACGUGAACUUGACGCGGCAGCAGAUCGAGGAGACGCAGGUGAUUGUAACCACGCCCGAGAAGUGGGACAUCAUCACGCGAAAGGCUGGCGAGCGCGCCUACACGCAGCUCGUGCGGCUGGUGAUCAUUGAUGAAAUCCACCUGCUGCACGACUCGCGCGGGCCUGUGCUCGAGUCCAUCAUCGCGCGAACGAUUCGCCAGAUCGAGACGGCUCAGGAACACAUUCGCCUCGUUGGACUCAGUGCGACGCUGCCCAACUACGACGACGUCGCCGUCUGCCUGCGCGUCACCCCCGAGAAGGGCCUCUUCUUCUUCGGGAACCACUACCGCCCCGUCCCCUUGAAGCAGACUUACAUCGGCAUCAAAGACAAAAAGGCUAUCAAACGCUACAACACCAUGAACGAAGUCACCUACGAAAAGCUGAUGGAGAGCGCAGGGAAGUCGCAGGUGUUGAUUUUCGUGCAUUCACGCAAGGAGACGGUGAAGACGGCGCGCUUCAUUCGGGACAUGGCGCUUCAGAGGGACACGCUGCCCCGAUUUCUGCAGCACAUGACGGCGAGUCGGGAGAUUCUGCAGUCUGAGGCGGAGGCGGUGAAGACGAGCGACCUGAAGGAGCUGCUGCCCUACGGCUUUGCGGUUCACCACGCGGGCCUGCCGCGCACAGACCGCAAGCUGGUUGAAGACUUGUUCGCUGACCGGCACAUCCAAGUCCUCGUCUCGACGGCGACGCUCGCCUGGGGAGUCAACUUGCCUGCGCACACCGUCAUCAUCAAAGGCACGCAGGUCUACGUCCCCGAGAAAGGCGCCUGGUCGGAGCUGAGUCCGAUGGACGUCCUCCAGAUGAUGGGGCGCGCAGGCCGCCCUCAGUACGACACCAGCGGCCACGCCAUCCUCAUCACCCAACACAGUGAACUGCAGUACUACCUCUCCCUAAACAACCAGCAACUCCCCAUCGAAAGCCAAAUGAUCUCCAACCUCCCCGACAUGCUCAACGCCGAGGUCGUCUUAGGUUCGGUGCGGAGUCGUGAGGACGCGGUCAACUGGUUGGGCUACACGUAUCUGUAUGUGCGCAUGCUGAAGAAUCCGGCGCUGUAUGGCGUUCCGGCGGACGAAGUGGAGCGGGACAAGCUGCUGGAGCAGUACUGCGUAAACUUGAUUGACAGCGCGUUGAAGAUUCUGGACAAGCACUUUUUGAUCAAAUAUGACCGGCGGAUCGGGGCGAUUCAGGUGACCGCCAUGGGGCGCGUUGCGAGUCACUACUACAUCAAGCACCCGACGAUCGCGAUCUACAAUCAACACAUGAAGCCGACGCUCUCAGACAUUGAGCUCCUGCGGCUCUUCUCGCUCUCCUCUGAGUUCAAAUACAUGCCCGUGCGCGAGGAAGAAAAAGUCGAGUUGCAGCGUCUCAUGGAGCGCGUGCCGAUCCCCGUUAAGGGGUCGCCAGACGAAACCAGCUCGAAAGUGAACGUCCUGCUCCAGGCCUACAUCAGCAAACUGAAACUCGAGGGCCUCGCGAUGAUGGCCGACAUGGUGUACGUACAGCAGAGCGCCAACCGCAUCAUGCGCGCCAUUUUCGAAAUCUGCCUCCGCAGAGGCUGGGCGAUGCUCGCCAUGCGCGCGCUCCAGUUCUGCAAGGAAAUCGACCGACGCAUGUGGAGCACCAUGACACCUCUUCGGCAGUUCAAGGUUUUGCCGGAGGAGCUGCUGCGCAAGAUUGAAAAGAAGGACUUGCCGUUUGAGCGGUACUACGACUUGACGUCGACGGAGAUUGGCGAGCUGGUGCGCGUGCCUAAGAUGGGCAAGCUGCUUCACCGUCUCAUUCACCAGUUUCCAAAACUUGAGCUCGCCGCCUUCGUGCAGCCGCUCACGCGAACCUGCCUCGUCGUCGAGCUUACCAUCACGCCCGACUUCCAGUGGGAUCCCAAAGUCCACGGCAGCGGAGAGGUCUUCUGGGUCGUCGUCGAGGACGUCGACGGCGAGCAAAUCCUGCACCACGAGAUGUUCAUCAUGCCGCCGUUUACGGGAGAGGUGGAGCACACGUUGUGCUUCACGCUUCCCAUCACCGACCCGCUGCCGCCAAACUACUCGAUUCGCGUCGUCUCAGAUCGCUGGCUGCACUCGCAGUCUUCUCUCCCGAUUUCCUUCAAAACGCUCAUUCUCCCGGAGCGCACGCCGCCGCACACCGAGCUCCUGGAUCUGCAGCCCCUGCCCAUCUCCGCUCUGCGAGACAGCAAAAUGGAGCAACUCUACGCAGGCAGCUUCAAGGCCUUCAACCCGAUCCAAACGCAGGUCUUCUCGACGCUGUACACGACGAACGAGAACGUGCUGCUGUGUCUGCCGCCGACGAGUGGGAAGGAGAUUUGCCUGGAGUUUGCGCUGCUGCGCAUGUUGAAGACGGAGCCUGCGAGUCAGUGGAAAGCUGUCUACAUCGCGCCGCAUCCCCUCGUCGUGAAGGAGAGACUCGAGGACUGGGUCGCGAAACUCGGCCGCGGGCUGGGCGUGAAACUCGCUGAACUCACGGGUGAAAUGCAGCAGGACAUCAAGCUUCUGGAACAGUCGCAGCUGGUGCUGGCGACGCCGGAGAAGUGGGACUUUGUGUCUCGGCGCUGGAAGACGCGCAAGGUCCUGCAGUCGAUUCGGCUGCUUCUGGUCGACGACUUGCAUCUGCUCAACUCGCCGGUGGGCUCCACGCUCGAGAUCUGCCUCUCGCGAACGCGCUACAUCUCCGCGCAGCUGCAGCGGCCGAUCCGCAUCGUCGCGAUGGCGAACUCGCUCGCCAACGCCAAGGACGUUGGCGACUGGCUUGGCGUCAGCAGCAGCGGUCUCUUCAACUUCCAUCCGAGCGUGCGAACGGUGCCCUUGGAGAUCUCGCUUCACGGGUUCGAUGUGUAUCAUCGCGAAGCGCGGCUGCUGGCGAUGAACCGCGCCGUCUACCAAGCGAUCAAACUCUACACAGCCACGACCGACGAAGACCGCAGCUCGAGUCGAAAGCUGAAGAACGUGAUUGUCUUCUGCUCUGACCGCCGCCACUGCAGGCUGACGGCGAUCGACUUGCUGCUGCAAGCUGCCGCAGACGAUGACCCCAAGAAAUUUCUUCACGUCUCGGACGAAGUGAUGAGCAAAUACACCUCUGUGGUCCGCGACAAGAUGCUGUUGGAGACGCUCGCGUACGGCAUGGGGCUGCUCCACUCGGGGCUGUCGGCGGCUGAGCAGCAGCUCGUCCAGCAGCUGCAUGCGGCCGGGGCGAUUCAGGUCGUCGUCGUCGCGGAGGAGUGCGCCUGGGGCUUGCAGAUGUUUGCUCACCUCGUCGUCAUCGUGGACACCAAGAAACUCACGGAGAACGGGUACGAAGACUACACUGUAGCCGACGUGCUGCAGAUGCUGGGUCACGCGACACGCGCGUCGAUCGACAGGCACGGCUACGCAGUGCUUUUUUGUCUUUCUUCCAAGCGAGAGUUUUACAAAAAGUUCAUUUUCGAGCCGCUGCCGGUGGAGUCCCAGCUGGAGCAGAACCUCGUGGACCACAUCAACGCAGAGGUGGUGCUGAAGACGAUCGAAAACAAACAAGACGCAGUCGACUGGCUGACUUGGACGUUCCUCUACCGACGGCUGGCGAAGAACCCGAACUACUACGGACUACAAGGUGUGACACAUCAGCAUCUCAGCGACUACCUCUCGGAGCUCGUCGAGUCCGGUGUACAUACACUCGAACAGGCGCAGUGUGUCUCGGAGCAAAACGAAGUCGAUCUGCAGCCGCUCAACCUGGGUCUCAUUGCUGCCUUCUACUACGUCAAAGUCAACACCAUCGAACUUUUCAAUCGCUCGCUGACGCCGACUUGCAAACGCCGCGCCCUGUUGGAGAUCCUCGCGGCGUCCUCUGAAUUCGGCACGCUGCCGCUGCGUCCUGGCGAAGAGGGAACCCUUCGAGGGCUGGCGCAGCGACUUGGCGUGCGGCUGCCCGCCAACGCGGAGGACCUGAACAAACCGAGCACAAAGGCGUUGAUUCUGCUCUACGCGCACUUCAACCGCUUGCCGCUGCCGAGUGACUUGAUCGCGGAUCAGCGGCAGCUGCUGGAGCCGUCGAUUCGGUUGCUGCAUGCGCUCGUGGACGUCAUCUCUUCGAACGGCUGGCUGGUGCCGGCGCUCUCUGCGAUGGAAAUCUGUCAGGCUGUCGUCCAGGCCAUGACGACGGCUGCGCUCGGCGGCGGAAACGCCACACAGUGCAGUCCACUCAAGCAACUCCCUCACUUCACCGACGAACUCGUCGAGCAAGCAAAGGAGAUGGGCAUCGAGGACGUCUUUGACCUGAUGAACAUGGAAGACAAGGAGAGAGAAAAACUGCUUAAGCCUCUCAGCCCGUCGCAACUCAAGGACGUCGCGAAAGCCAGCAACCGGUACCCGGUCAUCAACGUGGAGUAUCGGCUGUCGAAGAAGGAUGAUGUGCUCCCCAACGAAAGCAUCCAGUGCACGGUCACGCUCGAGCGAGACUGCGCCGACGAGACGGCGGGGGCUGUCUACGCGCCGUUCUUCCCGCGCGAGAAGGAGGAGCAAUGGUGGCUGGUUAUUGGUCAGGCGUCUGCGAACUCGCUGGCCGCGAUCAAGCGGCUGUCGCUGAACAAGCCGACUACUUCCGUCACGCUCUCCUUCGAGGCCGCGGAGACCGACGGCAAACACGCGUACGUUCUCUAUCUGAUGGCGGACUCGUACGUGGGCGGCGACCAGGAAUACAAAUUCGACAUCCGCGUGCGGUCGUGA